UCUCAGGAAAGGCGCACAUAGUGAGUCAUAUAGGGCAAGUCUUGCCUGGUGUUUACUCUUCUCUCACACGGAGCUGUGAAGGAGCAUCGGGCGCUUGGAACCAAGAGAAACUCGGGUCUUUGGCUCCCCUGUCUCAGUCCAAUUAAUGAGUGAUAAGGGGGCGCGUGGUCCGGUUCUACAUGAAGCUGCUUCGGUUUCCCGUUUUCUGCUGUGGAGCGAUCCUCCUCGGUGCUUCGCUGCUGCCGGUGGAGACGCUGGGAUCGAUAUUGAAGAUAAAACAACUAUGCAAGUUUUGUGAUGUGAGGGCAAGUAGCUGCCCUGGUAAGGGAGUCUGCCAGGUGGAUUGUGAAAAAACAGCCAUCUGCGAACACGAUAAUGAAGUCUGUGUCACUAUUUGGAGGAAAGACGAUGACAAUACUACAGUAGAAACUGUGUGUCACAAUCCAGUUAAUCCACUGUAUGGUGUGAUUCUGGAUGAUUAUAACAACACCAAGUGUGUUAUGAAAGAGAAAAAGGACAUGGACACAAAGUUCUUCAUCUGUUCCUGCAACGAUGAAGAGUGUAAUGAGAACAUAAUUUUUAACUCAAAACCUUUGGUGCAAUCUCCACUUGGAUCCGCCCUCCUUGUCAGCCUGGUGCCUCCUCUGAUCAUAGCCAUUGUUGUCAUCACUUCCUUCUACUCCUACCGGGUUUACCGUCAGCAGCAAAACCCACGUAAGAAGGGUCAGCCGAGGGACUUCAGCGACCAGCGGGCCAUCAUAGCUGAAGAGGGUUCAGACAGCAGCUCGCAACUCGCCAAUAACCUGAAUCACAACACCGAGCUGCUGCCCAUCGAGCUGGACGUUCUGGUCGGUAAGGGCCGCUUUGCAGAGGUCUACAAAGCCAAGCUGAGGCAGGGCUCCUCAGUGAGCGAGGAGCACCACUUUGAGACGGUGGCGGUUAAGAUUUUCCAGUACGAGGAGUAUGCCUCCUGGAAGAACGAGAAGGACAUUUUCUCAGACGCCGACCUGAAGCAUGAGAACGUGCUUCACUUCCUGACAGCGGAGGAGAGGAAGGGGCAGAGGCAGUACUGGUUAAUCACAGCUUACCAUCCACUAGGAAACCUUCAAGAGUAUCUAACCAAUCACGUUAUCUCCUGGCAUGAUAUGUGGCUUCUCGGGAGCUCGCUGGCGAGCGUUGUGGCACACCUUCAUAGUGAACGCACUUCCUGCGGCCGCUGGAAGGUUCCAGUUGCUCACAGGGACAUUAAAAGCUCCAAUAUACUCGUGAAACAGGACAUGACCUGCUGCCUAUGUGAUUUUGGCCUCGCACUCCGGCUGGACAACACUUUGUCUGUAGAUGAACUGGCCAACAGCGGACAGGUGGGCACGGCCAGAUACAUGGCUCCUGAGGUGUUGGAGUCCAGAAUCAAUCUGGAAAACAUUGAGUCUUUCAAGCAGGCAGAUGUUUACUCAAUGGCUCUGGUUCUGUGGGAGAUCAUCUCCAGAUGCAGUGCAAUUGGAGAGGUGCAGGAGUACAAGCCUCCAUUCGGGAACCUGAGGGAGCACCCAUGUGUUGAGAGCAUGAAGGACAGCGUUCUCCGAGACAGAGGAAGACCUGAGAUCCCAAACAGCUGGACGAGCCACACAGGCAUCCAGAUGGUGUGCGGCUCUAUAGAGGAAUGUUGGGACCACGACCCAGAGGCCCGACUCACAGCUCAGUGCGUUGCUGAGCGCUUCGACGACAUCGAGUACCUGGACAAGCUAUCAGACUGCUCCGACUCAGAGGAGAAGCUCCUGGAGGAAAUCAUAGUCGUGGAUGAGAAGUAACCUUUCCACUAAGUUGCUGCCCCCACCAGGGUGUUUGAGGCAUUACAACCAAACAGCUUUGAAAGAAAGGACUUUCAGUUAGAGUUGUUUAGUCCAUCAGAUUUGUGGCACAGGAGAUGAACUGGAAGUUGACCUACAUGACAGUGAUUUGUUACCAGAGAAAUGAUCAGGAAUCAAGUCAGAAACAAAUACGGGAGAUCAGAUGAUGCAUCAUUUUUCACCAAGUACUAUUCGCACUUUAUAAAUGAGAAUUUAUGUGUAUAUGCACGCCAAAGAGGAUAAAACAUUCAGUUUCAGCAAAACAAAAACUGGUGCAGCAUA